AUACCUAAAUACCUGACCGUGGGAUCGAACCGACCGGGCGAGUGAGCAUCCAAAGAAAUCCGUGCAAAUGAAAUGAAAAGUGGCAAGCCGAAAGCUAUAGUUUUACAAUAAUAAACAAUUGGCCGAGCCUUCUACUUUUACGUAAGAUAUUCCACCAAAAUACUGGAGGUGCGCUCUUGUUGUUUUUGUUUGGACCGCUGCUGCUAGAAUUUUGCAGCGAAAAACCCACUCGAUCACACAUACACAUACCACCUGUUUGUUUAUAACCAACACACAGACAGACAGACAGAGGAGCGGAGCCCGUGGAGCCACAAAUAGUUAGGGAAUUGCGUGUGUGCGCCCCCGCGAGUAGUAAUCAGUAAUCGUAUCGUAGUUUCCGCAGUCGUCCAGUCGCGUGUCGCACAUAUUCGAUCAUUUAUUUAUGGCUUCAAAUGCGCAGCUCGGAAAAAUCAUUUUGAUAACCGCAAUCGCCGUGUUUUUCUACUAUUUCUUUUGGGUGGCGGUGCUGCCGUUUAUGCUCAUCGAUGAAGGCAAUCCCAUACGGCUGUUUUUUCCGCCGCUGAGGUACGCAUUUAUAGUGCCUACUAUAUUCGGGGUCAUCUUCAUCGGCGGCAUUGCCGCAUUCUCCUUCUACCACAUUUGGAGCCUAAAGGUGAAGCGCGAUUAAGG